AUGUACAACAACUUUCUCCAUUCAUCGUUCCAGGGAAACAGCAUCGACUUCGAAGACCAGAUAGAGUCGUCUCCGUCUCCUCGCGAGAGAAGCCGUUUUGCGAUGCACCACCAGGACCCAAUCGAUGAGUUCGAUGACUAUAUGGACGACCCCAACGAGGAAAAUUACACGGAUAGCUACAAUCCUGGCCACCCACAUGACUACGACGAAUACGAAGAGCUGGAAUGCGAUUUGACGCAAUUCAACGCCCCAAGCGACACUCGUCACCACUAUCCACCACUUACGACUGGUCGACCGAGGUUCCAAGCUUCAGCAGUCCAUUAUGACUCCCCGCGUACCCGACCGCCAUCACCAUCAUCAUCACGAGGCGCUAAUCCUCUCAACUCAACCGGCAUUCGACUAACCCCCAUUUCCGAUCUACCGGACAUGUAUCGGGGAAUAUUCAAAUUUCCGGUUUUCAAUGCCGUUCAGUCCACUUGUUUCUCGACCGUAUUCAGUUCCGAUGAGAAUUUAAUUGUGUCCGCUCCAACUGGAAGUGGAAAGACUGUCCUGUUCGAACUCGCGAUAAUACGAAUGCUUAAAGAGGUUGGGAGUAACUUCAAGUGUGUCUACAUGGCUCCCACGAAAGCUCUUUGCUCUGAACGACAACGGGACUGGUCAACCAAAUUUGCUUCUCUUGGGAUCAAAUGUUGCGAGUUAACUGGAGAUACUGUUCAGUUUGGCAAAGGUGUCUGGGGCGAUGCGAAAGCAGCGACCAUCAUAAUCACCACUGGCGAAAAGUGGGAUAGUUUAACCAGAAACUGGUCGGAGCAUGGACACAUCCUGUCCCGCGUUCAAUUGUUUCUUGUAGACGAGGUACAUAUUCUCAACGAGUCGCGUGGAAGCACACUUGAGGUUGUUAUUUCUCGGAUGAAGUCGCGGGGUAGCAGUGUUCGCUUCUUGCUUGUAUCAGCGACGGUGCCCAACAUCCAGGACAUUGCAUCGUGGAUCGGAGACAAAAGGCGGGAAGGCCCCGCAAUCGUCUUUGAGUUCAACGAAAGUUUUCGACCUUGCAAAUUGAAGCGCCACGUGAUCGCGAUUGACAGAGCACGCAGUGAUAAUGAUUUCUCUUUUGCGCGCAAGAUAGACCAUAAACUUUUCCCUACUUUGCAAGCGCACGCAGUAGGCAAACCGAUCCUCGUGUUCGUGUCCACGCGCAAAGGAGUGACGACCACAGCAAAACAACUAAUGACCGACUAUGUUGAUGCAGAAAAGAGCAGGAAACAAUUGCCCUGGUCUCAUGCGAUGCGUAACGAAUAUGUGUUCCAUGAUCAAGCAUUGAAUGAGUUCAGCAAAUUUGGUAUUGGAAUUCAUCAUGCGGGCAUGACUAUGGACGACCGACGAGGAGUCGAAGACUUGUAUUUGAGAGGCGCCCUCCGUGUGGUAGUUGCAACAUCGACUCUUGCCGUCGGCGUUAACUUGCCUGCACACACUGUGGUGAUUAAAGGUGUUCAUAUAUUCCAAAACAAUCAAUCAGGCGAAUACUCCGACUUGGAUGUGAUGCAAAUGCUCGGACGAGCGGGCAGACCACAGUUUGACACCGACGGUGUCGCGAUUAUCAUGUGCGAAACAGAGCUUGAGAACAAGUAUCGCGAACUCGCUCAAGGCAAGACAACCGUGGAAAGCUCUUUGCAUCUAAAUCUGGCUGAACAUAUCAACUCUGAAAUCGGUCUGGGUACCAUUACGAGUAUGCAGUCCGCGAAAAGCUGGUUGCGGAGUUCCUUCUUGUUUCAACGUGUCAAGAAGAACCCUGCACAUUACUCUCUGGGGAAAACCGAAAAUCAGUCAUGGGAGGAGCGCAUCGACGAGAUGGUCAUCGAUAGCAUCGGAAAACUACGUUCAACGCAACUUAUCAACGACGUUGAGGCUGGGAUUAACAGCGACGCCCUGGCGUCGACCGAGUUUGGCGACAUCAUGAGCAAGUUCUACAUCCGACAGUCCACUAUGAGUCUCAUUUUAGCGUUACCGGAAAAGCCUACAUUACGUGAACUAAUAUUCAACAAGCUACGACGCCACAACGACAUCCGAUUUGAAGUCAAAAAGGUCGAAAAAUCAUCGGACAAAAUCUUUCUCCUCAUUCAGGCAGUUCUCAGCGGCAUCUCCCUCAACUCUCCCGACUACAAAGCCGCUGACAGUCAGCUAAACCUGGAGGCUUUUGCGGUCUUCAAACACGUCUCCAGAAUUGCUCGAGUUAUUGUGGAGGUCGCUCUCGUAAGGAAGCGUGGCGCACAACUGAAACAUGGGCUUGAAUUAGUGCGAUGCUUAACUGCAAAAGCAUGGGAGGACAGACCGGUUGUCUUGAAACAAAUUGAGUCGAUCGGCGAAAAAUCCAUCAAAGUACUGGCUGAAAACGGCAUCACGACACUGGCGCUUUUAGCGAAGCAAGACGCACAUAAAAUCGAAAAUGUAGCUAUGCUUUCUGUCGCAUGGCAUAUCAUCAAACCAGUCUUUCAGUUGCUGAAUCGACGGCCCCCUUUCGGCCUUGAAAUUCUUGCGGCUGUUAACGAGAUACCCAAAUAUCAUGUUGACAUUGCGGAGGUCGGAGUGCACUCUAAUGGCGGUAAAGACCCGGUUGAAAUCGACCUGGCCGUCACAUGUGGUCUCACAAACAAAACUAACAACACUGGGAAGCUCAAGAAGCAGAAGUGGACGCAGAUGACUUCUAUUCUCACUUUGACCUCGGAUUUGGAGCUUGUGGACUUCAGAAGGAUUCCAACGAAGGCCCUUAAAGACGCUAAAAAGUUUGAAAUUACUGCCGAACUGACGAAACCUAGUCAAUCUGUGAUGGUCCUAAUAACUUCGGAAUCGAUUGCUGGGGCUACUGUCAGUCAAGCAUACAAACCGAAUCUGUCCUACACAGAAUAUCCUACACGCGAUACCCGUCCGCCCACCGCUCUUGACCUUGAUCUUGCCGGUCUUGAAGAUGAUCCUGAGUUCUGGAACACGGCCGUCGAUGCAGAGGGCAACUUUGAAGAACCUCUCAAGCAACCUAUUUUGAGAGAUUUAACCCAAACCCACACACAAAAAAAAUCGACCGACCCGCCUGCAUCCUCAGCCUCAGGUCCAGAAAAAUUGAGUAAUGGAAACUACAAAUGCAAUCACCCUUGCAAGGACAAAACCAAAUGUCGACAUUUAUGCUGUCGUGACGGCUUACCUGAACUUCCACGUGCUGCAAAAAGACGGUUAGACGAUAAUCCCAAGCCCGCAGAGCCAAUCGCUGCAAAGAAACCGAGCAAGGUUACCAACAAGCCGGACAAAACUAUUCAGCAGCUUGAGCAACUACACGAAAGCACGAAAGCCAAUCUGAAGCUUGUACCGGGCAGUCGUUUGAAACUAGAGUCGCCUGACGAACUAAAGCGCAAGAACAAAGUCAAUCUGGAUUUCAGCGUCAAGCUUUCGGAUUUGAAGGAUAAAGAAUCGCUUCCAACCUCGUUUCCUCGCUUGCAACUUGACGAUGAUGAUGAUGACCUUCCUGAGCCUCAAGAACUUGUCCAAGCUGCGAAGUCUGGUCUGAAACGGCAGCGAAACUCAUCGCCAGAUUACUCCGACUCCGAACUCGACUCUAUGAUCCGACAUGUGCCUUCUGAGACGAUGAAAUUCAAGUCGCCCAAACGAGCUCAUACUCCCAAACGCAAGAACCGCAACGAAGAAAACUUCCGCCCUUUGAAGAAAGUACACCGAGAAGACGUUGCGCCAUCGCCGGAAUCAGCGUCAAACGAGUCGCACGACCAUUCGAUGGCAUACUACGAUGUCCAACCUCUUUUCAAUUUCGCCGAAGACUUCCAGUACGGCACUCCCGAGGUCGAACUUACGCUGCCUUCCACACCUUCACUGACGGAUGACGACCGCAAGACGAUCAGCGACAUGUCUCAACCAGUUGCAACGCCGGAUGCGCCAGCUCCAAUGCCCACACAAAAGGCGGAUGGACCUUGCAACGAGGACACGAAUGAAGACUUGAUGGCGUUGGACGAAUGGCUGAAUAGCGGGGCUGUGGAAAUCGUGUGA